CUGACACCUUUGCCGAGCUUAGGUUCCCUCCCACAGCCAAUUUCAUUACUUAAUCGAGUUUUCCAAGUCCAGUUCAAAGGGCAUUUUAAAGAAGACCUUCCUCCCAGCAGUCCGUUCGGGUCUCUCCCUCUAAAUUACACAUUUCCGGACGGCACAGACUGAGCGCUCGUCGUCGUGUCCCGGGAGUCCAGCGAAACGCUCUGCAAACAGCAUACAACCCACAAACUUAGACAGCCAACUUCCGGAGUGUAGCAACCUCUACGCCUCACUCUAACCAGCCCGGCCCGCCGGAAGUGACGCGUAGGGAAAGGUGCACUUCCGGUCUGCAAGGCUGCUUCCUCAUCCCGGGCCCGGCUUCUCUGGUUUGCUGUCUCUGCUGCUCUGGAGGAUUCACGCGCGAUUGGUAAAGUGCCUCUGCCGAAACCAUGACCAGAUGGGCUAGAGUGAACACCUCAAAUCAUAGGAGACCCUUGUCUGCGACAUCAUGGGAGGACAUGAGGGGGGGAUCUGCAGGGAGUGCAGACCGAAACCUUCCAAAGCAUAAACAACGCCAAAUCAAUAGGCUGUCCCUUCAAAAUGAUUCCCCUCAAGCAAAACAUAAAAAGAACAAGAAGAAAAAAGAGUAUUUAAAUGAAGAUGUGAAUGGAUUCAUGGAAUACCUAAAACAGAACUCGCAGGUGCUUCACAACGGACAGUUGAUAGCAGCAGACAGCCAGGAAGUACGGGAAGAGAUUGCAGUGGCCUUAAAGAAAGACAAUCGACGGGAAGAAAGACGGUUAAAAAGACAGGCAGCAAAGAAAAAUGCGAUGAUAUGUUUCCAUUGUAGAAGGCCUGGCCAUGGAGUCGCCGAUUGCCCAGCUGCACUGGAAAGUCAGGACAUGGGCACUGGCAUCUGUUACCGCUGCGGGUCCACAGAGCACGAGAUGACAAAGUGCAGAGCUAGCGUGGACCCCGCUCUCGGUGAAUUUCCUUUUGCGAAAUGUUUUGUCUGUGGAGAAAUGGGACACCUAUCCAGGUCCUGCCCCGAUAAUCCCAAGGGCGUCUAUGCCGACGGUGGCAGCUGUAAACUCUGUGGCUCUGUGGAACACUUUAAGAAAGAUUGCCCUGAAAAUCAGAACUCAGAUCGGAUGGUCACAGUUGGUCGAUGGGCAGCGGGAAUGAGUGCCGACUACGAAGAAGUCCUGGAUACACCCAAACCACAGAAACCAAAGACUAAAGCACCCAGAGUUGUUCAUUUUUAAUAAGAAUCGGUACUGCUGGUGACUACCACCUCACUGUUACUUUCCAAAGUAGGCCUUUACAGUUAGAGCUGGCUUCCUGUGGAGGUGAACCUGUGUUAUAGACACCACCCUGACCUAGGUGAAGUCAAGUUGACUGUAUUCUGUCCUUCAAGGAGUACAGGGUGAUUAAUUGUACUUACUCUCUAGACUCUGUGUGUGUGUGUGUGUGUGUGAGAGAGAGAGAGAGAGAGAGAGACAGACAGACAGACAGACAGACAGACAGACAGACAGACUGUCUGUAGCCCAGGUUGGCUUUAAACUAGUAAUCCUGCCUCAGCCCUUGAGUGCUGAGAUCACAGGCACGUGCCUAGGAACAUAAUUCAACAGGAAGAGCUUAGACCUAACUAAGCACCUGUACACUUGGCUGACAGCUGUCUCUGCAUCAAAGUUGACCAGCCCUAAACAAAACUCACAGCUUCAAGUUUGUGAAUAAGUGAAAAUUUGUUUUUCUUUUUUCAGAGUAUCAGUUUAUUAUAAUAGAAAUUUAUUUAUAUAUUGUCACAGAAUCUGGAAUUUUUAGUACCAAAUAAAUUUUAUCAUCUGUU